AUGGGCUCAACAACGGACGAUCUCUUUGAUUAUGCAUUUACUGUCUAUCGCGGUACAUUCAUUGAAUCGAUUCUGCCAGACUCGGGGUCGAAGCCUGAAUUGUCUCGUAACCGAGGCGCAUUAUGGGUAUCUGCUGCUGACGGCCGCAUUCAAGGCUGGGACUGGCAAGCCAGUGAUGAUAAUGCGUUCGCUGAAUUGAUGAGCCGGAAUUACUGGGUUGAUAUCGACGCCGUGACGGCCCAGGGCCAAGUCAACGGUCAUGGUUCAGAGAUCAAAGUGAAGGUUGUUACCGCGAACGAGGAGGAAAAUGAAUUCUUCUUCCCCGGAUUUAUUGACACCCACAUCCAUGCUCCACAAUACCCCAACGCAGGCCUCUUCGGCUCAUCAACACUGCUAGACUGGCUAGAGACCUACACAUUUCCAGUAGAGUCCCGCUUCGGGUCACCACCUAAUCCAAAAACGGGACACCAAACCUCAGCCGAUCCCAGAGACGCACCCAUCCUAGCCCAGCGAAUUUACGACCAAGUAAUCUCCCGCACUCUAUCCCACGGCACAACCUGCGCCUCAUACUACGCAACAACCCACGUCCCCGCCACAAACGCUCUAGCAUCACUAUGCUACAUCCGCGGCCAACGCGCUUUCAUCGGCCGCGUAUGCAUGGAUAACCCCGACUUCUGCGUAGACUACUAUCGCGAUUUCAGCGCCGACGACUCACUCGUCGCAACCCGCCAGACAAUCGAGUACAUCCAUGCCCUGGACCCAGAAGGCAAUCUCGUUAAGCCGAUCAUCACACCUCGCUUUGCGCCCACAUGCACAAGACCUGCAUUGCAGAGCCUUGGCGACUUGGCAGCAAGUUACUCGCCUCCCCUGCAUAUCCAGACGCACAUUUCGGAAAAUAUUAACGAGUUAGCGCUUGUUAAAGAGCUUUUCCCUGAGGCGGACAGUUACGCCGCUGUCUAUGAUAAAUACAACCUCCUCACACCGCGGACGAUCCUCGCGCAUGCGGUGCAUCUCACGGCGGAUGAGAGGGCUCUGAUCCGAGCGCGCGAUUCAAAGAUCUCGCACUGUCCAGCGUCAAACUCCGUGCUGGGGUCUGGCAUUUGUCCUGUCAGGACGCUACUUGACGAAGGGAUUACGGUUGGACUUGGGACAGAUGUUAGUGGUGGAUAUAGUCCUAGUAUCCUCGAGGCGGCGCGGCAGGCUUGUCUUUCUUCACGAUUGCUGGCUCAAUCGGCUCCGUGGCAAAGGGACAAUCCUAAGGAUGCGGAUGGGAAUGGUUCUGAUGGACGGGAGAAAUUGUCGGUGUCUGAGAGUCUUUACCUUGCCACGCGUGGCGGAGCGGCGGUUAUUGAUAUGGCGAGAGAUGUUGGUGGGUUUGAGAAGGGGAUGUUGUGGGAUGUUCAGUUGAUUCGCCUGGGCGGGGUCAAGUUGACAAAGAAGAGUCCGCUGGAUUGUGUUGUAGGUGAUGGUAGUGCGGAUCUUGUGCAGGCUGGUCCUGUGGGAAAUGUGGACCUGUUCGGUACGGAGAGUUGGGAGGAGAAGAUUCAGAAAUGGGUCUGGAGUGGUGAUGAUCGGAAUGUAAAGGCUGUCUGGGUUGGGGGAAGGUUGGUCCAUUCAAGGACUUGA